CGUUCCCAAAAAAUGAUGCGCUUUCCUUGUUUAGGCAAAGAAGUCGUGUGUCUUUGUAUUGCUUCAUGCCUCAAAAUAGCCCGCCUCUUCAGGUCCUUCUGCUUCCUCUUUUCUUGGUACUUCCGCUUCCUGCUCCUCCGAGUCAACUCCUUUUGUGUCCAGCUUUUGUACUUCGUCUUCCUCUCGCUCCUUGGCUUCUGGGUCCUUAAGGCAUCGAGGCCGCUAACCCAUUCCUUCAGGCCUAGGGACUUGGAUCUGUUCUUCACCUCUGUCUCCUUGGCGACUGUCUCGAGCAUGUCCACGGUGGAGAUGGAGGUCUUCUCCAACUCCCAGCUCGUCGUGAUGACCGUCCUGAUGUUCGUCGGAGGGGAAGUCUUCACUUCUCUUGCCGGGCUUCACUUUAGGAAAUUGAAACUCCAGUCGCUCCUGAAAACCGAAGAAAAAGUCGCCUCCGUCCAUGCCAAUCUCUGCCCUUCGAACCCAACCAACGAUGUCGUUGACCACGUAGAGUUAGCUGUAGUAACGAAUUCAGAUUGCCUGAACUCUCGAGUAGAACCUCAGUUGCACGGACCGCGAGACGAGUCCCCAGAUCUCGACUAUUUGAAAUAUCGUUCCGCUAACGUUUUGUGUCUUGUAGUGUUGGGUUACCUUCUGGGAGUCAAUGUUCUCGGUGUCGCCGCAGUUUCGCUCUAUAUGAUACUUGUUUCCAGCGCGAGAGACGUGCUAAAGAGGAAGGGCCUCAAAAUGAUGACAUUUUCCAUCUUCACCACCGUGUCGACCUUCGCCAGUUGCGGGUUCGUCCCGACGAACGAAAACAUGGCUGUCUUCAGCAAGAACUCCGGCCUCCUCCUAAUUCUCAUCCCUCAGGUCCUUCUCGGGAACACGCUGUUCCCGUCGACCUUACAGCUGGUACUUUGGCUCUUGGGAAAAUUCAGCAAGAAAGCAGAAAUCGAUUAUUUGUUGAGCAGAACAGGUGAAAUUGGUUACAAGCACUUGCUUCCGAGCCUCUACUCGUCGCUCCUGGUGGUAACGGUGUUGGGGUUUAUUGGUGUUCAGUUCAUAAUGUUUUGCUCAAUGCAGUGGGAUUCAGAAUCGUUAGAUGGACUAAACUCGUACGAGAAAAUUGUGGCCGUGCUCUUUCAGUGCGUGAACACCAGAUAUACGGGCGAGACGAUCGUUAAUCUGUCCAAAGUAUCUCCUGCCAUCUUAGUGUUAUUCGUCGUCAUGAUGUACCUUCCGCCAUACACGUCCUUCCUUCCGGCGAAAGGUGGUGAGGAGCUCCUGGGAAAUGGGGAAAGAAAAAAGGCGAAACGAAGUCAUAAACUAAUGUUGAAGAGUCUCAUAUUCUCACAGCUCUCCUACUUGGCCAUCUUUAUCAUCACGAUUUGCAUAACGGAGAAGGAAAAGAUGAAGAAAGAUCCUCUCAACUUUAAUGUGUUCAACAUCGUGGUCGAAGUGAUAAGUGCAUAUGGGAAUGUGGGGUUCACGAUAGGUUACAAUUGCGAUCGACAACUAAGACGUAUUGAAGGCUGCGAGGACAAGUGGUACGGAUUCUCUGGGAAAUGGAGCGAUGAGGGCAAAAUCAUCCUCAUUGUCGUCAUGAUUUUCGGAAGAUUAAAGAAGUUCAACAUGAAAGGUGGCCGAAAUUGGAUACUCUUGUGAUAGAGACAAAAGGAACUCUUCACGCGCGACAAGCAAAGCAAAGGGCACAUCUCUAGGUUUAUCGACCAGGGCAAGAUCAUCCUAAUCGUCAGUACACAAGGUGUUCUAAUUGUAAAAAUUAACAUGCCCGAGAGUUGAAGCGUCACUAGUUUUAGUGAUUACAGAAUAAGAUGUCCCGUGCCAAUAAUUUAUUGCACGUCAGAUUUGACCACGAUGGGAAAUUC